AUGUCAACUCCUAAUAAAAAUGAUUACGAUUAUAGUUAUUCCUCUUCUUCCUCCAGAUCCUCUGACGAGGAUUCCAAAGUCUCUGUGGAUAAAUCGAAAGCUAAGAUAACUGGUAAUGAGGGAGCAAAGCCUAGCAUACCCUUGAAUGAUCGGAGAGUCACUUAUGCUGAACUUAUGAAGAGAAAGGCUGAAGAUGAUGAAGCAGAGAAUCGUCAGCACAGAAAGGAUCGAAUUCGGUGUCGAAUACAAGCAGUUGAGGAGAGACGUCAAUUCCUUGAUGGGGUACCCUCUGACUCUCAUGCUGAUGCUUCUGAAGAAGAAAUUGCGUGGGUGUUUACAGAGCGUAAGAUCAAGCCUGACCGAUAUGAAAGAGAGUUCCGGAAGACUAUGAAGCAAAUUGAAGCGGAAGCUGAAGCAGAAGAGGACUCGGACUCAGAAGAUCCUGAUACCCAUCCAGACUUUAUCGACGAUACUGAUUCCGACGAAGAGGAAGACAGUGAUGACAAAUCUGAUAACUCGGAUGACGAGAAUGACAGUGAUGACGAAUCCGAUAAUUCGGAUGAGUCUGACGAGUAG